CAAGUUUUGCCAGUAUGAAAAACGGGUCAGUAUUUUAUGACAGACAGGACAGUGGCUAUCCAGAGAGUCCGAUCAUCUUGGAAGCCCAUCACAUAAGGAAAAAUUACAAAUUCCUGAAACGUGAAAUGGAACCAGAUUCAAUAGUAGACUACCUAGUCCAACACAAUAUUCUUGACACAGACGAAGAUAAAAAUCUGAUUGGAAAGCCUCGAAGGAUAAAAUGCGACUUUAUUUUAAGGAAACUGUUAUAGCAUCCAAGACAUUUGCCAGAAUUCACAAGAAUGAUAAAACAUUACCACCGGGAAGAAGAAGGAUUCCAUUGUUUUCUUUCUCUCUCAAGGUCUGAAGCCUUGGCAGGCGAAACUUCCCACAAUGCUGAAGAAGUAAUAAAAUCCACACGUUUGGAUGGAACACUGAAUAAACAUAGAAAUGAACUUUUGGAGGAAAUCAAGUUCAGGAUAUCGGAUGAAACUGAGAGCAUCGUUGAUGAUUUCUUGGAAAAAGAUAUUGUCUCUGUAUAUGAACAUGAGGAAAUAUCGGCCGAUACAAAUAAAUCUAAUGCAGCUCAUUUGCUACUAACGUGCAUAAAGAACAAACUUCCACAUUCUUACUUAGUACUGCUCUCAGUACUAAGAACAUAUGGAGUACAUGAUCUUGCUGGCCGUCUCGAAGCUAUAGAUGAUAAUGAUUUCGAACAAACAGAGAGAGAAUUUACAGCUACAUGGAAAAUGUUGGAUGGUGAACUACAUUUGACUUCAAAAGUUCCCUUUGAAGAAUUGGGAGUACUCGAAGUAAAAUUCACAAAAAUUGAGGGAGGUAUAGAAAGAGCUGUGAUACUUGCUAUAAAAGACGCCGAAGUAACGGUUGCACAAAGAACACACUCAACCUACUAUAAAACAUCGACGGGGUCAAUAAUAAUUGUACUUCAAACCGAGUCAUGCUAUGCAAUGGCAAAAUUAAGGCAAUUCAUAGAAACAGAGGGUAUUUCCAAGUUUUUGUCACAAAUAUUUGAAUCCAGUUAUGUAAGAAAACUUUUGACGAAAGAAAAAUACGAAAUAGACGUUCAGAUCAGAGAAGUAAAGGAAAGAAAAGGUAAUCCAAAUUUGAAUAGUUUGCAGUCAACUGAACAUAAAAAACUCGAAAAUACAUACAAGUCGCGUUUGGACAGAUGUCAUAUUUUUCUUGUGGAAGAACUUCAACCGCGCUGUUUGCUAAAAGAGAAGGAGGUUGCCGACAUUUUCAGUUCAGUUUUGGAGAAGAUGAGGGAGCCAAGCUUGAGAAGAGCAAAAGUUGAAUUCUUCCUAGAACAUCUCAAAAAGCAGCCUGAGGAGAAAAUUAAACUAGUUUUAGAUAAACUGCAAGAUAAAAACGAGUACAUUUAUGAACAACUGUUUCCAGAUACAGCGAAAUAUCGAGAUACUGACAUCGAACAAAUUAAAGGAAAUAUUUUGGAUAGUUUACCAAACCUCUUAGAUGUGGUUAAUAUCCGUGCAAUUCAAACUCCUCUCUUGAGUGAGGGGAUAAUAUCACCAGAAGAACUUGAUUUAAUACACAUGAGCAGUGGAAGUCUUAGAAACAAAACUUUGCAGUUUGUGAAAUUGGUCUUACACAGAGGAACAGAGGCAAUCAAGAUUUUUCUUUCAGCUUUGGAGAUCUCUUGUGGUGAAAGCAUAGUUGAAAAUCUUUUACAACAAAGGGCAAAUAUCCAAAUGACAAGCGCCACUGAAGAAAGACAUGCAAAAAUUAAAUAUGAAGCUUUCAAUGAAGAAGAUGGAUUAUUGUUUAAAGGCAGAUUUUUGUUAGAGCUGAAGACAGAGGCCGAAAUUGAGAAUAAGGACGUAGAAGUUAUAUAUGCUAGAGAAGAAGGACCACCAAAGGAAGAAAAUCCUGAAUUCGCAUCUGAAGAAAAUUCUUCAUCUGAGAGUGAUUCAAGUGAUGCAGCUCAUGAAACAAAACCAGAUAAUGAUUCUAAAUUUAUGUCAGGAAAAGGCUCAAAUGUUGAAACACUUGAAAUGGAUAGCUCUGAAAUACUAUCGAAUCUGACAAGAAAACUUGGAAAUGUAGAAGACGUAUUGGUAGUAAAAUGCAUUUUAUCAUCAACAAAUACUGACGAUGAAAGAAAGAAGGAUGAAGUUCAGAGAAGAUUUCCAAAAAAGUUUGAGAAAAUAAAGGAGGAUGUUUCAAAACUUCAACAUGUUUUAAAACAAUUGCAAAGUCUGAGAUCUGUCUUCACUGAUAAGUAUGAGUAUUCUUGUGUUGGAGAUAUGGAGGAAAUGGAAGAAAGACAUCAAGAUGACACAAAGCUCACAUCGUGCUCAGGAAAUACAGCUUGCUUUGAGAGACAGGAAACCCUUGAUACAUUGACGGAAGAAUAUGGAGACACUACUUUGACAGAGAGUGAUGAAGAUAGGGAGAGUACAAAGGAUUUAAAUCAACAAUCUUCAAAGUAUCAGGGCAUUUUAAUGGGCAAACUCCGAAAAAUAGAGGUUGUUCAGUCUGUAAUGAAAGUCUUCAAAAUUGUCACAGAGAAAGAAACCCAGUUGAUGUAUAUAAAGGAUAUAUUGAAUGAAGAACGAUACAAGAAACUGGAAAAAUACAUAAUUAAACUUCAAAAUAUUAGUGAGAAAAUUGGAAAGACAGCAGGAGAUUCAGCAGACGUGGCUUGAUAUACAAAUCCAUCUAUGCCUUACACUCGGUUGAGAUCACUUCAGUCAUCCAUAUUGGAUUAUAUAGUAAAUAAAACCUGAUGACCCGGGUAAUUAAUUAGACUUGAAAUAAAUAAAAAAUACAAGAAGAGGAAAAGUUACAAAAAGAAACAAAUUAGAAACAAAACAUUCACUUCCAUUGUGAUCUUUUUUCUUUGUCCAACGGUUUGUCUCAUUGUUGCAUCUAUCCGAGAAGCAGAACUGAACACAGUCUUUGUUAGGAAUUGAUGGUAUACAUUCUGUCCCCAUGGAAUUGUAAGGUUGGCAUCCGCGAAGGACGGACUUUACCUCAUUAGUGCCUAAGUCAAUAAAAUUUUUGUCUCAUUAGUUAAAUUGAUGAUGAUAUGAAGA